CUCCAGGCAUUCUCGAGCGCCAGCGACCCGCUUGCAUAUGCUGACAAAUCGAUUUCGGGUGAGAUUAUCACAGAAGUCUUCCUAGACUUCUGCGCACGCACAAGGCAAAAGGAGAGUGGAGAAUACCUGAAGACUUUAUCAGCCAUAUGCGGCUCACUCGACAACACGUUCAAAGCAGCAAGUAAGGCCACACUUACCGACAAGGACCGCCAGAAGUCUAGGGAGCUGAAAGGCGGGAUAUUGAGUGUUUUGAAUGAGGACAAUCAGAUCAUUUCAUGGGUGAGCGCUGUCGCUGCUGACAUCACAGGCGCCAUUCUCAAGACGCAUGCCGAGAAAGGUCAGCCUGCGCGAUACUGGGACCGAGCAGAGCAGGAACGGAGGCUUAUGGUGGCAUUCAGCAAAUGGGCAGACAAAGGUGUUUGGUCAGCUGCAGCGCAGAAAGUUCACCAAGAACAGUUGAAACAUGUCCGCAGAGGGUGCCUCGAGCGCAGCGUCCAAGGCAUCAGAGCUGAUGGGAGUCGCAUUGAGGGAUCCCACAAAGGGUGGAAUUCCCUUCAGCGAGCACAGCCAAGCGGUGUGACGAUGCUCGCUGCCCUCGGCCAUGAUUUUGUCCUCCGUCGCAACGUGCGAGUGGCUUUCAGCAGGCCCGAACUCACGCCAUUCCUCAAGUUCGCCAACGGUUCACAUCACCUCCGACUCUGUGACUACAUAGCGAGGCUUCACAACACGCUCCAGCAAAAAACUACUGACUCUCAGCUGCAGCUUCUUCCUGAGCUUGGUGACAUCGACUCAGGCGAGACUUUUGGGUUAGUUAUGUCAGAUCAUGUAGCGACAUUCGGUGGUCUUUUGAUCAAGGAGGAGAACAUUGAGAAGGGCCUACUUGACUCCUUUGAUUCGUCUGUUGACUCCACCACAGGUGAGGAAGUCGACCUUGCAUUUCUUGCCAGUCGGAAUGUCAUCAUCAACGAGUGGCAAAUCGACCCCGCCCUUCUUACACUCCCA